AAAAAUAUGUUCUACGAAAGACUUGUUACCCCUCUUCAGAAAAUAAAUAAAAAUGACAAAAACGUAGAUCAUGUCGAUUUCAACGCUAGGGUUGUAACAAACUUCAGCGUCUGGACUGGCAUUCUUGGCAGAUAUGGUCUAAAAAACGCAAACUGUAACGGAAUCAAACUUCUCAACCUUUGUGCCAAAUUUAGAUUAGGCAUUACAAACACCAUUUUUCAGCAGCGUAGUUAA